GAUGACAUGUUUGUAUGCAUCAUUCUCAACACGGUAAAUGUUUCAUUUGUGACUUUAGCGAUUUUUUUUUCUUGUUAUUUUGAUAAUUUUACGCCGAUUUUUAUUCGAUUGUUUUCAAUUUUUAUUCGUCGGUCACAUAAACAACCCAAAGAAAAUCUAUUGUGAGUUUGUGCGAGUGCAAAACGAAUGAAAUCCAAUUGAAUUGCAGUUAAAUUUUAGUAAUUUUUUUUUCUCUGUUCAUUGUUGAUUGUGACAGAGGAAAGAGCAAUUAUUAUUGUUAUUAUUGUUAUGAGUAUUAAGUAUUUCCAUAUAUACACUGUGUGUGCGGUGUUCAUCAGGGCGUUGCACAAAAAUUCUCUUCUCUUUGCUGGGUUUAAUUUGAUUUUACAUUUGUGCAUCAAUUGUUACACUCCACUGAUACCAUCCGCACACACACACAAACACUAAUUCAAUUGCAAUGUUUGCCAAUGUAUUAAGUGCAUUUUAAUUAAAUUGUUUUAUUUGUUUUUCUCUUGUUUGGUUCUGUUUUAUUUUUUCGGUGGUGAUUUGCUGGUUUGUGCGGUAUGGGGUAAUGCAUCGCAUGCAUCAGAUUAGAGAGUAAAUAUACGAAACAGAUGAGAACACAUUUGGAUCUGCUGAAAGUUGGUCAACCAUUGAAAAUAGCCUCGAUUAUUUUGGUUGGCUCUGAAUCAUUACUAGCAUUGUGUGCUGCGAAGGUGUUGCGGAAAGAUUAGUUAUCGUGCAAUUAUUAUCAGUUUUUUUUUCCUCUUCUUCAAUCGACAAGCAAUUGUUAGCAGUACGUGAAACAUAAAUAUGGCUCGAUCGUUGAACGCAAGCCAACAGAAAAUCUCCGAAAAAUUAGUCAUUUUAAAUGACCGUGGUGUAGGCAUUCUGACACGAAUCUAUAAUAUAAAAAAGGCAUGCGGUGACACAAAAUCGAAGCCGGCCUUUUUGUCGGACAAAUCAUUGGAAUCGGCUAUCAAGUUCAUCAUCAAACGAUUCCCAAACAUAGACGUCAAAGGCUUAGCGGCUAUUGCAAACAUCAAAACGGAAAUUAUCAAAUCGUUAUCACUGUAUUACUACACAUUCGUUGAUUUGCUCGAUUUUAAGGACAAUGUGUGCGAAAUACUCACCACAAUGGACGCCUGCCAAAUCCACUUGGAUCUCACGGUGAACUUUGAAUUGACCAGGAAUUACUUGGACUUGGUCACCACGUAUGUGUCACUCAUGGUGUUGUUGUCACGUGUCGAAGAUCGCAAAGCCGUUUUGGGUCUAUUCAAUGCAGCCUACGAAAUGCAACACAAUCAAAGCGAUCAGAAUUUUCCACGUUUAGGCCAAAUGAUUAUCGACUAUGAUGUGCCGCUGAAAAAACUCUCCGAAGAAUUCAUUCCGCACAGUCGGCUCUUGUCAAGUGCAUUGUUGUCGCUCACACAAAUCUAUCCCAUGCGGAAUUUAUCGGCGGAGAAAUGGCGUGAAUUGCAAAUUUUGAGUUUGGUUGGAAAUCCCGCAAUGCUGUUAAAAGCAUCCAAAACCGAUACCAUGUCAUGCGAAUACGUGUCACUGGAAACAAUGGAUCGCUGGAUCAUAUUUGGCCUGCUAUUAAAUCAUCAACUGUUGGGACAGGCGUCGAAUGCAACACAAAUGUGGAUUUCAGCACUCGAAUCAAGCUGGGUCAUCGCACUGUUUCGCGAUGAAGUCAUUCACAUUCAUCAAUACAUUCAGAAUACGUUCGACGGCAUGAAGGGAUACAGCAAACGUAUUUCAGAGGUCAAAGACUGCUACAAUCAUGCCAUACAAAAGGCCAGCUUCUUGCAUCGCGAACGACGCAAAUUUCUGCGAACAGCUCUAAAGGAGUUGGCUCUCAUUAUGACCGAUCAACCGGGAUUGCUGGGACCCAAAGCGUUGUUGGUGUUCAUUGGCCUUUGUUUUGCACGCGAUGAAAUUCUUUGGCUUCUGAGACACAGCGAAAAUCCGCCGAUUGUGAAGAGCAAAGGAAAGACCACGGAAGAUCUAGUCGAUCGUCAGUUGCCCGAGCUGUUGUUCCACAUGGAAGAGUUACGUGCAUUGGUUCGAAAAUACAGUCAAGUCAUGCAACGCUACUACAUUCAAUAUUUGUGCGGUUUCGAUGCGACCGAUUUGAAUAUUCGCAUUCAACAGCUGCAAGUGUGUCCGGAAGAAGAGAGUGUAUUGUUGUCAUCGUUGUAUAAUACGGCCGCCACAGUCACCGUGAAACAGGUGGAAGAUAAUGAAAUUUUCGAUUUUCGUGCAUUCCGGCUGGAUUGGUUCCGUUUGCAAUCGUUGAUGAGUAUGUCAAAGUCAGCGGUUCGCAUAAUGGAUCACGUUGAAAUGGCACGUCUCAUCGAUUCCAUGGUGUUUCACACAAAAGUUGUUGACAAUCUUGAUGAGAUUCUCGUGGAAACAUCGGAUUUGUCCAUUUUCUGCUUCUACAGCAAAAUGUUCGAGGAUCAAUUUCACAUGUGCUUGGAAUUUCCGGCACAAAAUCGCUACAUAAUUGCAUUCCCAUUGAUUUGUAGUCAUUUCCAAAAUUGUACGCACGAAAUGUGCCCGGAAGAACGGCAUCACAUUCGUGAGCGUUCAUUGUCCGUGGUGAAUAUGUUUUUGGAUGAAAUGGCAAAAGAGGCUAAAAACAUUAUAACAACCAUUUGCGAUGAACAGUGCACCAUGGCCGAUGCAUUGUUGCCGAAACAUUGUGCGAAAAUUCUGUCAGCUGCGGCCAGUCGCAAAAACAAAGGCAAGGGUAAAAAGCAUUUGGAGGACAUUCGCAAGCCGGGAGACGAGAGUUAUCGAAAAACGCGUGAGGAUCUAACAACAAUGGACAAAUUGCAUAUGGCACUCACCGAACUGUGCUACGCCAUCAACUAUUGUCAAACGAUAAAUGUAUGGGAAUACGCAUUUGCGCCUCGUGAAUAUCUGUGUCAGCAUUUGGAAAAUCGCUUCUCACGCGCACUCGUCGGCAUGGUGAUGUAUAAUCAAGACACAAUGGAAAUUGCCAAACCAUCCGAACUGUUGACAUCGGUACGUGCCUACAUGAAUGUACUACAAACGGUGGAGAAUUACGUUCACAUCGAUAUCACACGUGUGUUCAACAAUUGCCUGCUGCAACAAACCCAGCCAAUGGAUACACAUGGAGAAAAAUCGAUUGCAUCUUUAUACAACACCUGGUAUUCGGAUGUUUUAUUGCGUCGCGUUAGCGGCGGCAAUAUUGUUUUCUCCAAAAAUCAGCAAGCAUUUGUUAGCAUCACACCGGAGGGCUGCAUUCCAUUCAAUCCCGAAGAAUUCUCCGAUGUAAAUGAAUUACGUGCAUUGGGUGAAUUAAUUGGCCCGUAUGGCAUUAAAUUGCUCAACGAAACGCUAAUGUGGCACAUCGCAAAUCAGGUUCAAGAGCUCAAACGAAUGGUAAUUCUCAAUAAAGAAGUAUUAAUCACACUGCGAACCAGCUUCGAUAAGCCCGAAGUAAUGAAAGAACAAUUCAAACGCCUGCAACAAGUUGACAACGUACUGCAACGAAUGACAAUCAUCGGCGUCAUUCUGAGUUUCCGCCAUUUGGCACAGGAAGCACUGGUUGAUGUGCUCGACUCGCGUAUCCCAUUUUUGUUGAGUUCAAUUAAGGACUUCCAAGCUCACUUGCCAAUUAAUGAUCCAAUAAAAGUGGUGGCUGAAAUGGCCUCGGCCGCUGGUCUUACGUGCAAAGUCGAUCCAACGCUUGCAAAUGCGUUGCGUUCACAAAAGCCCGACAACGACGAAGGCGAACAUUUGAUUGCCUGUUUACUCAUGGUCUUUGUGGCCGUAUCAAUUCCAAAGUUGGCACGUAACGAGAAUCUAUUUUAUCGUGCAUCGCUUGAGGCUCAUUCAAACAAUACACAUUGCAUGGCAUUGGCCAUCAAUAAUAUAUUCGGUGCAAUGUUCACAAUUUGCAAUCAAAAUGAUAUUGAAGAUCGUAUGAAGGAGUUCCUUGCAUUGGCCAGCUCAUCAUUGCUUCGUUUGGGCCAAGAGUCGGACAAAGAAGCGACCCGAAAUCGUGAAUCAGUCUAUUUGCUACUCGCUCAAAUCGUUGAAGAAUCACCAUUUUUGACAAUGGACCUACUUGAAUCAUGUUUCCCCUACGUAUUGAUACGAAAUGCGUACCAUGCUGUUUAUAAACAAGAGCAAAUUCUAUACAAUUAAAAUUAGUAAUAGUACAGAUUUUUGUGUAGAUGCUAAUCGAAUGAAACAUAAAAUUAAAUUUAUUAUUGUCCAAAACAUCAUUUUCGUACCGCAAAUUGUAGAGUAGAAAAUCCGGCAAAAAAAAGACAGUGAACAACGCGAUAUGGGUAGAGAGAGAGAGAGAAAGAGAGAGAGAGAGAGAGAGAGAAAGGGGUGGAAAGAGUGCAGGCGUGAAACAAAUGUGCGUCUGAAGAAGCACAAAUUAAAUGAAUGAUUAUGGCAUUACAUUUUGCAAAAUUUAGUAAUAGUAUUAAUAAUCAUUAUACUAAAUUAUAGUUAAGAGAGAUGAGCAAAUAUGAAAUAAAUCCAAAUGUGGUGUAAUUAAAAUGCGCAUAUUGACUCCGGAUAUCAAAUUUAAUGCUAAAACACGUUAAUGCUAAUGACACUAUAGCCACAACAUAAAAAUUGAUAUGAAAUCAACGAACAAAAUUUAAGCAUACAGCAAUUGUAAAAGAGAUACGCUGGACCCGCACCGACCAACCUAUCCAUUGGAAACCGCGUGUGCGUUUCGGAUGCGACCAACACAAAUUUUAUGUUAACUUUUCAAUAUUUAUUCAGAAGUUUAUAUUUUAUAUGCGCAUUGAGAGAGAUAUACAAAAUUAAUGUGUGUGCAUUGCCGCACAAAUAAUGACAACGAAAAGGGUGAAGAGUGGGCAAUGAGAGUCGGCACAUAGCGACAGUGAAAUAAAGAAUUGCAUUCAGCUAGUUACAAAAGUAAAUUGUUCAUAACAUUUGACCGCCAAUGUGAAUUUACACUCAAACAAAACUGUUAAUGUCAAUCGAAAUUAAUUGCGCAAAAGAAAAAAAAAACACAAACGGUUUUAUAUCCUAAUCAUGGCCAGCAGCUGGGUGCAAUGUGGAUAUGAAAAAUGCGCACACAAAUCAAUGCGGAUUUGGCUUGUUGCAACAAAAUGCGAACCCACGAAAAAAAAAAGAAAAGAGAGAAACGAUUAAACACCAUCAAUUAAAUGAAUCUCGGUUUUGAGUGUCAUUUGGUGAUAUUCACAUUCGUUCAACACAAAUCGUUAGACGCUUCAAUAUUAUUAAAUAGUCACAAAUAGACAUGCCGACACCGCACCACACCAAAUACAAAUCCAUGCAUGCAAUUAGUUAAAUUUGUCUUGUUUAUUCAAUUUUUUUUCUCGGUCUGUUCGUAAUUUAAGUGAAUCUACGUGAGAGAUUCCAUGUAACUGUACGGCUAUAAUGGUUGAGUCUAAUCAAAUUGUAUUUGAGAUUUUUUUUUCAUUUUUCACUGAAUAUUUAUUCAAAUGAACGAAAGGUAAAUAAAAACCAAGGAAAUUUCAUUAUAUAUAUAUACAUAAA